AUGGUUCAAUGGAGAGCAGUGGCUGAUCAGGCAGAGCUGCUGAGUUCAGAUCUCAGGGAUGACCAGACAGCCUUCAUCUUCACGGUGACCAUGGAGGAUCUGAGGAUGAGUGAUGCUGGCAUUUACUGGUGUGGAAUUGUCAUAGCUGAACUUGACUCCAUGUUUAUAGUUAAUGUGAACAUUAACCCAGCCCCAGAAAGUUCAACUAUGACCACCGUAGCCACAAAUCUGACAGCCACACCACCAACCUUCGAGAACACUGGCAAGGAACAAGUGACUCAGAGCAGCUCCCACAUCAGGUCCCUGCUGAGCAACAUCUACUUCCUGCUGAUGGUCUUUGUGGAGUUACCCGUGUUCCUGAGCAUGCUCAGUGCAGUCCUCUGGGUGACCAGGCCUCAGAGAUGCUUUUGGGGAGGUGAAAUUGACCUGGUGAAGACCCAUAGUCCUGUUGCCUAGGAUAGACAGAAACACUUCCCAGGAGAUGGAAAA